UCUGUCUACAACCGUCCUAUUGGCUAAAUCUGAACAUUUCUACACGUUCGUGUCUUCCCAUUCGUAAAAAAUCAGUAGAAUUAUAAUAUUGGGUACUGCUACUGCACAAUAUAAACCUAAGCUGGAACAUUAAGAAUAUACAGAAAUUUUGGAUUAACGAUGAAUAUACCAGAGAUCAAACCGUACGAAGAACUAGCGAUUGACACAUUGGUUUCCGUGAUGAACAGAGCGAAAGAGACGCUUGGGGAGCGCCAGACCCUAAAACAGCUUGCGAAUAGCCGUGAAGUCAUGACACCUCCAGUUAAGGUCCACCUCACUACACUGAAGUGCCCCUUGGUAAUCACAAGUGAACAGCUCCUCAAACACACUAUAGAGAAAAAGUGGCGAUUGACCGAAACAUUUAUGUAUCAACUUAAAUACAAAGGCAGUUCAAAAGACGACUGUUCACAGUAUUACUAUUUUGAGGCAGUUUUCAGCCAGCCUACCGCUGCGUAUCCAAUUCCUCAGGCAACUGCAUCAGUGUUCUUCAGAGUUGAAGAUAAGCACAUCGAGCCUCUGGAAGGCAGAGGCGUUCCUGGGAUGACGUUCAGAAUCGAGGGGCACCGGUUGGAUCACGACGUGCGCUUCGAAACUUUGAUUGCUGACUGGAUACUCGCUGUCAUUAAAAUGAAGAUCAAAUUUUUCCAGAGAAUCGAACAGUUAAGACUUUUCUAAACAUGUAUUACGAGAUAUAUAUUAAAUUUUAUUAUUUUCUUAAAUAUUUAUUUAUAAU